AUGGCUCGUCGCAGAUACAGACUCUUCACCGUCGCCGCCGUCAUUCUCCUUUUUAUGCUCUACCAUGUCGUACAGAACUCGUGGGACGCCAAAUAUCGCACAAUUCCCGCCCUGCGCGCACCUCCCAAGACGCCUGUCCACCCGGGCCUCGACACCACGGCUCCCCAGGAGCCCCAACACGCCGGAUCCAAAUCGCCCGCCCAGGUUGACCUCCAGAAGCACAACGACGGAGCCGAAAAGCCCUUGACCGGCGCCGAUUCUCUACAGCAUGACUCCAAAAAGGAGUCCCCGUCGCCGCAAAAACCACAGGCAGUGACACCUAUCGAAUCACCCGCGCCCAAGUCGAGCGUCAGCCAUACAGCCGCCGAUGCUGUGACCAGCACAAAAGACGCUGCUGCUGAUCCCACCACCAACACUUCCGCCAGCAGGGCCACCAAAUCAGCCCCUGCGUCCUCGAGCUCCAACACCCGAGUUCAUUGGAAAUCCUUUACCCAGAAUUUUCCUGUGCCAUCAGAGUCCAUGGCUUCUGUGCCCACAGGCAAGCCCAAGCCGAUUCCGAAAAUCCAGCACACCUUCAAGUCGGAGCCAGCCGAGGACAAGACCAAGCGCGAAGCUCGCCUCGCCAAGGUCAAAACUGCCAUUUCCAAAUCCUGGAACUCAUACCGCAAGAAUGCUUGGAUGCACGACGAGCUGCGGCCCAUCUCCGGCCGCUUCAAAGACCCAUUCUGCGGCUGGGCUGCCACUCUUGUCGAUUCGCUGGAUACCCUUUGGAUUGCAGGCCUCAAAGAGGAAUUCGACGAUGCAGUCAAGAAUGGUGUCGCAAACAUUGACUUUACCUUUAGCGAAAAGUCUGACAUUCCCGUCUUUGAAACUACCAUUCGCUACCUCGGCGGUCUGCUUGCUGCCUUUGACGUGAGCGGUGGUCACAAGGGAGACUACCCAGUACUUCUCGACAAGGCCGUCGAGCUCGCCGAGGUGCUCUACGGCGUUUUUGAUACCCCGAACCGCAUGCCCGUGCUCUACUAUCGCUGGCAGCCGCAAUAUGUGUCUCAGCCUCACAAGGCCGGCAGCGUGGGCAUCGCCGAGCUUGCCACCCUCUCCAUGGAGUUUACCCGUCUGGCUCAAUUGACCAAGGAGAACAAGUACUAUGAUGCCAUUGAUCGCAUCACAAAUGCUCUCGUCAAAUUCCAGGCAGAUGGCAAGGCCGCCAUUCCUGGUCUCUUCCCUGAGAAUCUCGAUGCCAGUGGCGACGAUCUAGUCCCAGCGUCUGCCUGGGGGCAGUCUUUCUCCAUGGGUGGAUCGCAAGACUCUGCCUACGAAUAUUUUCCCAAGGAAUACCUACUUCUUGGCGGACUGGAGCCCAAGUAUCAAAAGCUCCAUGAAGGCACUGUCAACGCGGUCGACGAAUGGCUCAUGUAUCGACCCAUGAUUAAUGAAACCGAGCGGGACAUCUACUUUUCUGCCAAGGUCAGGACCCAGGGCAAGCCAAGCAGUGACCUGAGUGUGGAAUACGAGGCGACACAUCUUACCUGCUUCAUCGGCGGCAUGUACGGUCUCGGCGCCAAAAUCUUUGAUCGCCCAAAGGACCUGGAAACGGCCAAGCGACUGACAGAUGGAUGCGCCUGGGCCUACAACAAGACUCCCAGUGGUCUCAUGCCCGAAGCCUCCCUCAUGAUGCCCUGCCCUUCGCUGGACAAGUGCGAAUUUGACAAGGCUAAAUGGUAUGCAUCUCUCGAUUCCAACAAGGCGCAUCGCGAUCAACAGGUGAGCGGAUGGGAGCUCCAGUACGGCGCGACCGCCAAGUCUGGUGACAGCAGUGUCCCCGAGCGCCCGCAGAGCCACGAGGAAUAUGUCGAGGCGUACAUUGCUUCUACCGGGCUUCCAGCUGGCUUUGACAGGGUAUUGUACAAAAGCUAUAUUUUACGCCCGGAAGCUAUUGAAUCUGUGUGGUACAUGUACCGCAUCACCGGAGACUCUGUGUGGAUGGACAAGGGCUGGGCCAUGUUUGAGGCCACCAUGGCAGCUACCGACACGGAACUCGCCAACACGGCCGUCUCUGACGUCAUGGUAGAGAAGCCACCCAUGGACGACGCCAUGGAAAGUUUCUGGAUCGCCGAAACGCUCAAGUACUAUUACAUGCUCUACGCCGGUCCUGAUGUCAUUAGCCUCGACGAAUGGGUUCUCAACACGGAGGCGCAUCCGUUCCGCCGUCCGACCUGA